ACACACCAAACCUACGUACGGGCUCGAGGCGGUGGGCAGUGACAAUCCCCCCCUAGCCGCGCUACUGCUGCCCGUUGGCCUACCUCUUCGAGACGACGACGGCCGCGACGGUUCCCUCUCUCCCUCUCUUCCCUUUCCUCUCCUUCUACUACUGCCUCCUCGCUACAGAACCACCGUCCUCGCCCGCUCGUAGCCACUACAGAUAUGGUGGUGGUGGUAGAACAAAAUGGCACGCACGCCGCGGCGAUCACGCCCAAGCGGUUGACGCUCGACGGCAUCGGGGCACGGCGUGCCAAGGCGGGCCGACUAGUUGCCUCCACGGCGUCUUACUCGGACAGCGACAUGUUCAAGUCUCCCUACGCGUACGGCAAGCCCAAGGCGAAAAGAUGGGAGCAUCUCUUUAGCCAGGAGUCGCUUGCGCGCGGACCCUGCGUGCUAAAGCAGGCGGCCAAGUACCUCAAGCAGCCGGGGAUGAUCUCGCUCGGCGGCGGACUGCCAGCGCCCGAAAACUUCCCUAUCGAUUCGCUCUCCUUGCGGGUCCCCACGCCGCCGUACUUCACUGAGGCCGAGACCCACGGACCGCUGGGGCAAGACAUCACGAUAGGCAAGUACGACGCCCGCAACCCCGACGGCGAGAGCGUGUUCGACCUCUCCAUCGGUAUGAACUACGGGCAGUCCGUCGGCGCGGCGCCGCUCGUGCGCUGGGUCACGGAGCACACGGAGCUCGUUAACGCGCCGCCGUACAGCGAUUGGCGAUGCGCGCUUACUGUCGGGAGCACGGGCGCCCUCGAGCAGGCUCUGCGCAUCUUCUGCGACCGCGCACGCGGCGACAGCAUCUUGACCGAGGAGUUCAGCUUCUCGACCGCCCUCGAGACGGCGUUGCCGCUCGGCAUCCGGGUCUUCGGUGUCGGGAUGGACGGCGAGGGCCUAGUCCCCGAGAGGCUGGACGAGGUCCUGUCGAACUGGGACCCGGCUGCGAGGGGCGGCGCGCGGAAGCCUACCGUCCUGUACACGGUGCCGUCAGGCCAGAAUCCCACCGGCGCAACGCAGAGCCUGCAGAGGAGGCGGGAGGUGUACAAGGUCUGCCAGAAGCACGACGUCUACAUCUUUGAAGACGAGCCGUACUAUUACCUGCAGAUGCCGGCGUACAACAGCAGCAACGGGCACGCCAAUGGGCACACCAACGGGCACACUAACGGGCAUGCCAACGGCGCGGUCGCCCUCCCGGCAGAAACUAUCGAGGAAUUCCUCGAGAGUUUGGUGCCGAGCCUGCUUAGCAUCGAUACGGACGGGCGGGUGCUGCGGAUGGAUUCGUUCAGCAAGGUUGUGGUUCCCGGAUCGCGGGUCGGGUGGAUCACGGCGAGCGAGGAGGUGGUGGACCGGUUCAUCCGGCACGCCGAGUGCUGCAACCAGGGCCCAAGCGGGAUCUCGCAGCUGGUCAUGCACAAGCUCGUCGACGAGACCUGGGGCCACGAGGGCUACCUGCGCUGGCUCAUGCACCUGCGGCGCGAGUACACCCGCCGCCGCGACACCAUACUGGCCGCCUGCGAGAAGUACCUCCCCCGCGACCUCGUGAGCUGGGUCCCGCCGGCGGCGGGCAUGUUUCUCUGGCUCCAGAUCGACCCCGCGCAGCACCCGCGGGCGGGAGCGGUCAGCCUCCUCGAAAUCGAGGAGCAGCUGUUCUUCACAUGCAUCGCCAAGGGCGUGCUCGCCACGCGCGGGUCCUGGUUCCGGGCCGAGCCCGACCGGCCUCUCAGCGGCCUCUUCUUCCGGACCACUUUCGCGGCGGCCUCGGAGUCCAACAUCGCCGCCGCCGUCGAGCGCUUCGGCGCCGCCGUGCGCGAGGUCUUUGGCAGGUCCUAGGUCGGCUCCUAGGUCGGUCAGCCUCCUCUCGCGGCAACUCCCGUGCUCUUAUCUACGUAUCUGCCUGCUCGUCCUGGCGGGUUGCCGUCUCUCGAUGCCGAGCUAGCGCACAGCCCACACAGCCCAGCCUAGCGUCUGUCUGCCCGCCUGCCCGCCUGCCUUGCUGUCUUACGUGCAUAUCUGGUCAGCUCAGUG